AUGUCGUGGGAGACCAUCGGCAAGGAAGCUCAGGCGAGGGUGCUGGAGUCCAUCCCCGCGCGAUGGAGGCUGGAUCCCCAGAAAUAUCGGUCGCUGAAGGAUGUGACGAGCGUGCCAUACACCAGCGGCAUCCUGACGAAUGACCAGCUCAAGAUUACUGAGCUCACCGUUGUCGAGAUUGUGAAGCGUCUCGAGUCUCGUGAAUUGAAGGCCGUCCAAGUGAACUGUCUGACCGAUUGGUUCUAUGAAGAUGGGCUUCAGCAGGCAAAAGAGCUCGAUCUGGUCCUGGACAACGGGGGCAAGUUGCAAGGGCCGUUACACGGAGUUCCGAUCGCGUUAAAGGAUUCCCAUGAACUCAAAGGCCAUGCUGUAACAAUGGGCUACGUCUCACGGAGGGAUAAUAUUGCCAAGGAGGAUUCUAACAUCGUGAGGACAUUGCGCAAUGCCGGUGCGGUCUUUUUUUGCAAGACCACCAUGCCUCAGUCUGGAAUGGCUUUGGAGACGGUCAGCAACCUCUGGGGCCGCACGGUAAACCCAUUCAAUAGAGAUUUGGGCGCCGGUGGAAGUUCUGGUGGAGAUGCGACGCUGGUGGCCCUACGAGGUAGCCCCAUCGCUCCUUCAACGGAUAUGGGAGGAUCUAUCCGCAUACCGGCUGCUUUCAACGGACUAUAUGCCAUUAGGCCUACGUCAGAUCGCAUUCCAAAGGGUGGGAUGACCAACACGAACACCGGGAAUCUCACAAUUAAGUUGUCUUGCGGACCUGUCUGCCACUCUCUCGACGACCUUGAGUUGUUUACUCGAAUCAUCAACGCCCAUCCGCUCAACCAGUACGAUUCCACUGCCGUGCCCGUACCUUGGAGAAAACUGGAUGCUCUAGAUCGUAAGCUCACCAUCGGAGUAUUGAAGUGGGAUGGUGUGGUAAUGCCUCACCCACCGGUACUUCGAGCAUUAGAGCACACCAAGCAGACACUCGAGAAAGCCGGGCAUGAAGUCAUUACGUUUGAUAUGCCUUUUGAUUGUUGGGAUAUUAAGAAAACCACGUUCGAUAUCUACUACCAGUCAGGCUCUGCUGGCACAAUGUCCACACUAGCAGCCUCGGGCGAGCCUACUAUACCAGCAUUUGCAGACCUGCUCAGAGUCUUCAACACCCAAGAGCACUCUGCUGCUGAGGCAUUGAGGUUCAAUCUCAAAGCGAGAUCCCUCAAGGAGCAAUUUGCAGAUGUAUGGAACAAGACGGCCAAUCGCACAAGCUCAGGUCGUGCAAUUGACGCGCUGAUAUUACCCCCAGCCCCCGCAGUGGGCUACCCUCAUGAUUUUAACAUCUACUGGGGAUAUACAUCCUUGUUCAAUCUUCUCGACUACCCUUCUGUGAUCUUGCCGGUUGCCAACUUUAAGGUGGAUCCACAGCUAGACCCCGUGGAUUCUAAUUACCGACCGGUAGAAACAAAUCCCUAUGAUAAGCCCAAUCAUGAAUUGUAUGACCCGAACCUGUUCGUGAACCAACCAUCAACUAUCCAGAUUGUUGGGCGUCCUUUUCAGGAUGAAGAAACUAUACAGGUAGCCUCGGUUCUAGACGCGCUGUUUAAGGCUCCAUAG